AUGAUUGACACAAUCCUUAAGAUGCUUCUUGGGAAAUACUUUGAAUCUAGUGAUAAUAAUUUUAUAACCAUGAAUAUGAACGCAGGAAUUGAAAUUAGAAAUAUAAUAAUAAAAAACGAUGAAAUUAAUAACUUUUUAAAAAGUAAAAACAUAGAUAUAGAAAUAGUUUAUUUGAAAAUAGAAAGAAUUAAUAUAACGUAUAUAACGCUAUCAGGCAUUCUAACUCUCAAGUUGCAGGGUGUAGAUUUAAGAGUUAAGCCAUAUAUUCAAAGAAAUGCUUCUAAAGGAAUUAAACAUAAGUUGAUAAACUUUUUAAAAAGCGAUGAACAAGACAAGAAAAAAUUGUGUUCUCCCAGAGAAAUAAAGGGUUUGGAUUACACAAGGACAAAACUAGAAGAUGACGUAUUAUGCUGUUGUUGUGAACAUUACAAAGAAAUUGAAAAUUGUAUAUGUUGUUACAAUAGCUAUAACAAAAUUAAGACAUACAUAUGCAAGGAUUGUUCUAUUUUGAAAAAUGAAAACAAUGAAACGGAUUUAUUGUUUCUUCAAAAACAUGGGCUCUUAAAAAGAAGAUUAUCAAACUUUUCAAAUCACAUAUACAACAGGAAAAUGAUGAGGAAUGUGUUCAAUGCCAAUAUGACUAACGUGCAAACUGAUGCGAGAAAAUAUUUCCAUAGAAAAAAUGUAAGCUAUCCAUAUGUGAAUAACUACGGAAAUGUAAAUUAUUACGACAAUGUUUACAAAUUAAAUAGUAAUGAAAUUAGAGGAAAUUAUUGGAAAAGAAUCGAAAAUGAUACAAGUAACUGUUCUGUUAAAAAUUUAAAAAAAAAAAAAAAUGCAAAAAAUUAUUAUUCCCCUCCGAUAAGAAGUGUAAGCCAUAAAUAUAAAACAUAUGAUAAUAGUACACUAAGUAAAAAAGGAAACAUAAGGAAUUAUCGUAAUGAUGAUAUUGCACAGAGCGGAAACGAUCACUCUGAUAUAGACAAACAGAGUUGUGUUAAUUUAAAUGAUUCAAUCAAAACAUAUAGUAGUAAAAGGAAUGUUUAUGAAAAUCAUAGGCGCAGUGAUCAUUAUUUUUGUAAUACUAAUAUGAAUAGUAAAACUAAUAUGAAUGGUAAAACUAAUAUGAAUAGUAAAACUAAUAUGAAUAGUAAAACUAAUAUGAAUAGUAAAACUAAUAUGAAUAGUAAAACUAAUAUGAAUAGUUAUACUAACAGAAAUAGUUAUACUAACAGAAAUAGUAAUACUAACAGAAAUAGUAAUGUGUACACUUAUGUACCGUGCAUGUAUGACUAUAAGCAGGGGAUGUGUGAAAAUGAGUUAGACAAAAGUAAGAGCUUAAAUUCUACGAGUGACUAUCUGAAGAUACAUCAUCUAUGUAAUAACAGUUUUGAUAUACUACAAAGAGGCUUGAAGUUAAAAAGAAUUGAUGCAGAAAAUUUUCGCUUAUUUAACACAGAUGAAUUUAAUGGGAACAAUAAAAAAGACAUCCAUAAAUUAAAUAAUAAUGUAAAAAUAGACAAGGAAAACAUGUUUACUUAUGGGAAUUACAACAACCAUGCAAGGGCAAGUAAUAAAUACCAUGGCAUAAGCAAUAACUGCAAUAAGCUGUUAUAUAGUUACGACACUAUACAUAAUAAGAAUUACAGAAAAAUAAAAAUCGACAGUAUUUUUCAUUUAAAAUGA